UGUUAAUGUACCUGUUGGUCACGUGCUCGGUCACAUAGUCAGUCCUGAAUCAAAGAUUUAAUUUAGUUUUAAUUUAAAAACAAAAAAAAACUCUAAAACGGAACAUAAACACGUGACGCGUUUGACGUCACAUCCGACCAGGAAGUAAAACACAGCAGCGGAGGAGUCUCGUGUGUUUGGAGCUCCAAGGUGAGCUCGUUGACUGAAACAUGCUGCAGGUGUUUCAGGUGAGUGUCCGCCGGGCGGUGCUGAGGGGGGGCGGACUCCUGACCCGCCCGGUCCCCGCUCCGGGACCAGGUCGGUCCGUGACCCGGCAGCUGUGCAGCAGAGCCCAGAGGACGGUCCGGAGCUGCACUGUGGACCCGAACCUGGAGGAGCAGUUCGUGUUCGUGGACUAUACAGGUGAGGAGGUGGAGCCCUCCCUGUCCUCCCUCCCUACUGCUCCUCCUGAGGCUCCUCCUCCUCCUGAGGCUCCUCCUCCUCAGAGACACCUGAGGUCUCUGGAGCGACAGCUGCAGGUGUUGAGUGGCGUGGCUCAGCAGGGGGCGGAGCCUGACUCUGUGAUUGAGUUCCAUGACGUGGACUUUCCUCUGGAUGAGAGCGUCAUCGCAGCGACGAAGAAGAAGAAGAAGAAAAAGAGGGCGGAGCCAGGCGAGCAGCGGGUCUUUGGGACUCCUGAUGUAGACGAACCGUUCAGUGACACCUGCUGCUCGGGCUGCGGCGCCGUCCUGCACUGCACCGCCGCCUCCGUGCCGGGUUACCUGCCUAGCGAGAAGUACAAGGUGCUGCUGCAGGAGGAGGGUCUAGGCGGGGCUACCUGUCAGCGCUGCUACCUGCUGACGCAUCAUCACAAAGCGCUGAACCUGGAGGUCUCUGCAGACCAGUAUAGAGAGGUGGUGCAAAGGCUCCGCCCCCUCAAAGCUCUGGUCCUGCUAAUUGUGGACCUGCUGGACGUGCCCGACUCCAUCAUCCCCCACCUGCCCGAGCUCGUGGGGACAAACAAACACGUCAUCGUCCUCGGCAACAAGGUGGACCUGCUGCCGGGAGACUCGCCGAACUACCUGCAGAGGAUCCGGCGCCAGCUCUCAAGGUACUGCGAGGACGCAGGCUUCGGACCCCAGGUGAGCGACAUCCACCUGAUCAGCGCCAAGACGGGCUACGGCGUGGAGCGUCUGAUCUCCAGCCUGCAGAGGUCCUGGAGGUACAAAGGGGACGUGUACCUAGUGGGCGGGGCCAACGCCGGCAAGUCCACACUCUUCAACACGCUGCUCGAGUCCGACUACUGCAAGUCCAGAGCCCCAGACCUGAUCCACAAGGCCACCAUCUCACCCUGGCCCGGGACGACUCUGAACCUGCUGAAGUUUCCCAUCAUCAACCCGACCCCGUUCAGGAUGUUCAAACGACAGGAGCGGCUGAGCGAGGCGUCGCAGCAGACGGAGGGCGAGCUGACGGAGGACGAGCUGAAGAGGCUCAAACAGUUCAGCAGGCAGGGCUACCUCGUGGGUCGGGUUGGAAGAACGUUCCGCUCGGAUGUGAGGUCCAGACAGGACGAGAUCCAGUUUGAUCCGGACACUUUGGCUUUCGGAGAAGACGAGGACGGAGAGAAGAAGGUCACAGGUACCAGCAGGUCACCUGAUGAGUUCUCCUUCAAUGAGCUGAAAGAUGCUCACUGGCUGUUCGACACACCGGGGAUCAUGAAGGAGAGAGACAUCCUGGCGAUGUUGACUGAACAGGAAGUGAUGUCAGUGGUUCCGUCUAAGGCGUUGGUUCCGAGAACGUUUGUGUUGAAGCCCGGUUUCAGUCUGUUGGUGGGAGCGCUGGCCCGGAUCGACUUCCUGCAGGGGGGAAAGUCCUGCUGGUUCUCGGUCCUGGUCUCUGCUCGGGUACCGAUCCACGUCACCAGUCUGGAGAAGGUUGACAGUGUUUAUGAGAAACAUGCGGGGGGAGUCCUGCUGGGGGUUCCUCAGGGAGGGGCGGAGCGCAUGAAGACGUUUCCUACGUUGGUUCCCAAGGAGGUCAAACUGGAGGGGCGGGGCUACCUGGAGGCCAUUGCUGACAUCACACUGUCGUCUGCAGGAUGGGUGGCGGUGACGGCAGCGGCAGGUGAGCAGGUGACGUUGAGGGUCCAUGGUCCGGAGGCGGCGGGUUAUGGUGUGAGGACGCCGCCGCUGCUCCCUCACGUGGUUUCUCUGAAAGGUGAACGCGUCAAGAAAUCUGCCGCCUACAAACCAAUCAAACCGUCCGGACUGAUCGACUCCGGACUGUCGGCCCGCGGAGCGGAGAGGCUGCAGGUGAAGAAGAAGAAGAAGAAGGAGUGAUGCACACAGGGACAGGUGGGAGCCCUCGUCAUCGUUCCACAGCAGAGCCAGUUUUUACCUCCAGGCUCUGAAUGACUUUAGAGAUCAGAAACUCUGCCUGCAGCAGAUGUGCUCAUCCUGCAGCAGGUGUGCUCAUCCUGCAGCAGGUGAUCACCAUGCGGCAGGUGUGUUCGUCCCGCAGCAGGUGUGCUCACCCUGCAGAUUUUUUUCUAACUUGUUAUUUUUGAAGAUAUUUAAGUGUGUGUGUGUGUGUGUGUGUGUGUGAUGAACUUAGAACAGCAGAGGUCUUUGAUAAAUCUUUAUUCAAAAGGAGCAGAACAGAGUUACAGAUCAAACUGAGCUGUUAGUUUGGUUAGACUGUUGAAGUGAAAGUCCUGCAGACAGACCGCCUCCCUGAGGACAGGUGUCUACCAGAGACCUGUCUCCUGAUCUGAGAGGACACCUGUCCUCAGGCACUACCAGGAGGAAGGUGGUGUUAGUUUCUAAAGGUUUAACUCCAGAGAGAGGACAGUGUGUGUUUACUCAGGUUAUACACCACGUGUUUAUUGUCCCAUGAGUUCAUCCUCAGAGCUGAUCAAUAAUCAAUAAACAUUAAAAACAUGUAA